CCGCCUUCCACGCAACAAAAAGUUCUCUUCCACUCAGUUCUUCGCAUCCAUUCACCAGUGUCCAAUUGUCCAAAUUCUACAUUGAAGUUAACUGCGAAGUCGUCCUGCCAUGGAUAUUAGGUACCUUCCUUUAGCCGCACAGGCACCAGUCUCGGCAUCACGAUGUCGCUUAAGCCACUACCCACUUCUGCCUGCUCUGCCUGCUACGGUGGGGUCUGAUGAAGCCAAGCUCUUCCCAAAGUUCCCCUGAUUGAGAGGAGAGCUCAACACACUCCAUGGGUGAAGACGGUGUAUAUAAUAUCAUGGCUGGAUGCUCAAGGAUUCCACGUCCGUUGCACUGUCUUCAUCAUUAUCAACGCUUCCUCACACUUCUCGCCAUCCCUCCUCACUCACCAUGUUCAAACUAGACAAUUUCACGGUUGACCAGAGCACCGAGGACGUCUAUCAGAGAUGCAUUCUCCUGUCUGGAAGAUGCGACUUGCAAUCGGCCCAGGACGAUGAGGGUGGCUUCGUUGUGGUUGACACCAAGGACCACACCGGUCAACCGCUUUUCCCUGAACAGCGUUGGCCUAUGUGUCAUGGCUAUUUCAAAGCUCUCGUCCUGCUCGCGCCCGGGGCUAAUAAGGUCGUUAUCUCGAGCUGUCAAGACGCUACUUGCCGCACCGAGUUUUCGGUUCGGUACACGCCUCUGCUACAAACGCCCCCUCUUCAUCUGGCUAUCAUGAUCGCGAAAGACUCUCCGCUGCUGAUUGACUGCCCACCGUCAAAGUUUGGCGGUGUCUCCAGCACGCACUCCAGCUUGGAUGCCGCCAUCGCAAAGUUCCGCAUGACAGCAUACAUGUGGCAAGCUCUUACCGCUGAGGAUAUGCGCGCCAAGGGACUCGGUCGUCGUUCUUUUCGCCUCGAGGAGGAGUGGACUAUUGACACCCUAACCAGCCGCUCCGUUUGGUCUCGAACAAUGGGACCCGUCCCCAAGAUUCAUCUCGUCCGUACCAACAGGACGCUCGCGGAACUUCGCGAUGCAGACUUGGCACAGCAGAACCCUCGCGCAAGGCGUAAAGAUGACCUCCACAGCAUCUUCACCAGGGCGUUGCAAGCAUACGGCCCUCCCUUUGAGUCUCAGGCCAAUCCUGUCGUUGCUGGGCUAAUUCUCGACUCGCACUACGACCUGGACACAAACAUCAUUCUUGCCCACGCAGCCCUCGGUUGUCACAGCCCAACUGGCCUUUCUCUGGGCAUGUUUGGCAGUCACCUGACAUAUGCCUGGCCGCGCUUUCUCGAAGAAGUCCCAGACUGCCUCCUUGACACCACGCCAACGGGCGACACGGUUGGCAACGACAACGGCGAAUGCGCAUCCAUGUGGGAGGCCUGCGCCGUUGGUCAGGGCGCAUUCUUGCACGAGGUCGGCCAUGCCUUCUCAGCACCACACACCUCGGGCAUCAUGACCCGAGGCUACUCGCCAGACUGGCCGAAAGCUUUCCUCGCGCGUACCGCUCAUUCCGCCAGCCGGCAGACUCAGGGGACGCAGCCCGUCACGCCGGCAACGUCACACGAUUGCUGCUGGGACGUGUCUGACGCGCUCCGCUUCUCCAAUUUCCCUCACUUUUGGCUGCCAGGGGAUACACCACGACCGAAAGAUGUGCCGACGGUCAAUGUCGAGGAGCCCAGCGAUGAGGAUGGCAGCCUCGAGGAUUUGUGCAUCGUGAUUCAAUGCGACGCAGGGAUUGCCAGGCUGGUCCUCACCGGCGAUGAUGGUAGGAACAAAGAAGUCGACGAGACAGCGUCCAUCGCCACUCCCGCAAUGUCCCUCCGUUACAUGCACAGUUACCUCGCAAAGCGGUUCAACACUGAGAAAUCGCUCUCCCUGGAGGUCACCGGCAUGAACGGCAAACAAACCGUCAUUGGGAACGUGUGGAAGAUAUUUGAGAAUAGGUCUUACCUCCGAGUCCCCGGCACGGAUAUUCGGCUGCUCAAAAAGUGUGUCGACGGUUCUACCAAUCAGGCUGAGUCUGAUGACUGGUCAUGGGCGGUGAUGCUCAAGAAGCGAAACCGAAAGGGGAAGUUGGUCAGCGCAACAAAGAUUGACUUGCGAGUCGGCUGUGCCCUCGACGGCGCCGUGGUUUACUACAGCGAUGGCACGAAGAUACCCUGCGGUCCCCGUGGCCAGGACGGAAACGACCCUCAUAUGGGCGGUCAUCAGCAUCGAAAACUAGUCUUGCCAGAGGGAGUCGAGAUCGCAAAGGUUGCUGUGACUCGAUGUGGGGGAUACUGGCCGCUCGCAGGAUUGAGAAUGUGGCUUUCGAAUGGUGCAGCGAUGGGAGCCCUAAAUGUCAGGGGAGGGGGCGAGGUGGAGACGUUAGUGCCGCCCCCGAACCACAAGAUUAUUGGCUUCUACGGCGCCAGUGGUCGCUACGGCAUGUGCACCAGAUUUGGCAUAGUUACCGCUCCCAGGGAUGCUACGAUUCCAGACUCGGUCUACGACAUGGCCGAACUCCAGAAUAACCCCGAAGACGCCCACCGUGACAAAAGACGGCGAACUGUACGUUUACUAUCUGUCGUGGGCACAUAUGUGCAGGACUGGCUGACUCCCUCGUCUACGAAGGAAUCUGUACGAGACGAGUCUGACUCUGACGACGAUAUGCAGUCUGACGAGGACCACGAAUCGGCCUGUGACUCGGACACAGAGGGCGUGGGCGUGGACACCGGCUAUGAUGAUGGCUCUGACACGGAGAUGGAGAGAGUCUACCAAAAGCAAGGCGGGCAGAGUCUGCGGACCCGGGGCCCGGCCGAUUAUUGACACCCGGGUCUCGAAGCUGGUCCUUGGAUAUGAGUCCUUGGUAUCCCCUGGGCAGUUCCGCUAGCACAGCAUAUGCGAUUUGUGAAGAGCAUGUGAAGAGCACGAUGGAAGUUGACGGGGGGUCCUGUAAGUUCCGGUAUCGGAGAUCUAGUCAAGUCACAUUGGCUAUUGUGUAAUAGAAAGAGGCUUAUUAUUUGUUGA